UUUCACGCGAAGCUUCGUUUUGUAAGCUUUCCGUUGUCAUCGUCAUAAGCACGGAAUACUUUGUCGCGUAAAGAUCGAACACAACGUGAAAUAAUAUUUCCGUAAGAGCAAAAGCAGAAAAAAAUAGAAAUCACAAUAUGAAAGCGAUAGUCACCGUGAUCCUGUUAGUGUCGAUGGUCGAAGGCCACGUUAUUUGGGGGGAGAAUGAUAGAGAGCCGACAGGACCGUUUUAUCCAGGGCAGAUGAAUGUGCCGCCAAGGGAACCGUCUCUGAAACCUAAACACGGAUUCCGAAUGAUUGGACGGCCGCUUCCUCCGUUUCCUUUCCACGGAUUAGAAAGACGCCAUCCGCAUCACUGGUUCCCUCAACAGCAACCACAGAUUCCUGCUAUCGAUAUCAGCAACGCUGAAUGGGUUUGUCGCGAUCCGAAAUCAGAAAACAUGAUGAUUAUUACCACCGUCGCUGGAGUACAGACAGCGUAUGACCAGCAACAACACUUGAACGAAUGGUGGCAAAAUCAAAAUGGAAAUACUAAUGCACCUCCUUCGACAACGUCCACAGCUACUCCCGAGCCUGAUUGUGAGACGGAGGAACCUAGUUCUCAUGGUGGGGAAGGGCUCAUCGACGUUAGAAUAGCGAGCAAUUAAACAUUAACAAUAAUUAACAACACGGGAGAAGGUAAUAACAAGGGUAACUUACGUAAGAGAGCUUGAUAUUUUUAUUUGUUAUAAAACUUACCUAACUCUGUAGUCGAUUCUUUGGUCGUUCGCUUGUUAGAUAUAAUAAGAAAAAUAGAUUCUUUUUCAACGUGAUUGUAUAAAACUAGUAAAAUAACUUUAUGCGACAUGCAUAGCUUUUGGA